UUUACUUGGACUGAUCUUCCUUCCAAGUUUCCCACAAAAUAUGUACAGUUGUAUUCUUCUGAUAGUUUUAUUGGGUAACUUAAUUUUGCUUGCUGUUUAUCAUGUCAGAUAUUCAUCCCGCAUCACUUAAUUCCAACUAUGUUGACUGUAACAGAUGGCUUGGUGAUUUUAUCUUGUCCAAGAGUGUUGACAAUGAAAUUGUAUUAUGGGAACCAAAGAUGAAAGAAGAGUCUCCUGGAGAGGGCACAGUUGACAUCCUUCAAAAGUAUCCUGUCCCAGAGUGUGAUAUUUGGUUCAUCAAGUUUUCAUGUGAUUUCCACUACAAAGCAGCAGCUAUAGGAAAUACCAACUGUUAA